UAGCAGGUUAAAUACAGGUUCAUAUUUUCGUUUUCAUAAUCAUUUUGUUUUAUGUUCAGGCUCCCUUUGUUGACAAGUUCAGAUAAGAGAAGGGAUGGCAUGUAGUGUGAGGCCUAUGCAAUGUCCCUCAUUUGAAGGGAAACACUGCUGCCUAAACACGCCCUUGCACCACGGUUGUUGAGUUUGGUAUAUUGCCGGUGAUCACGAGGUGAUGCCCUUGUUGCCCACGAAUACGUCUGCUUGCUUUUGCUGCUGCAUACUCAGGGCCCUUUAAUUUUGGUGCUUGGCUCAUUGCACACGAAUACGUCUACCUGUUUUUGCUGCAUACUCAGGGGCCUUUAAUUUUGGUGAAUUUCUUACAGCAUUAGCAUUGAGUUUAUUACGCCCCGUUUUCUUAGACGCUACUUUUAAUUCACCAUGACUUCAGAUUAUGCUUCUAAAGUAUGGUUAGUGAUGCCAAAUAGGUCAGUUUAUACAUGUAUUGUGUUUUCUGUCUUUGUUUAAAUCAUGUGCUCGGUUUUUCUAAUAAUAUAAUAUAUACUUGGAUAUCUUAGUAGUUUCUAUAGAUCAAUGCUGAGCAUUAGUCAUGCCCCUUAUUAUGUUCACUUUUUAGAUAAUCAAGGCCUGCCCUUAAAAAAAAACGGUUGUCCAUUUAAAUGGUCUUCUAUGCAUGCUUGUGUGUACUACUUACUCUGAAAUCCUCUUCUACAGUCCCUAAAAGAUUUAAAAUACUACUUAAUAUGUCCUUGCAUAUCCUUAUGGAGUAUGGUGUGAGAGUUGGUGGCAGUGUCAUGGGUAUGGUUCCAUACUUAUUUUCACUGUUUUACACAGUGUUACAAGGACACCCACUAUUUCCUACUGUUUUGAUCUUUCCUCAGCCAAAACCCACUGGUUACCCACACAUUUUUAACCUAAAAACCCAUUCUUUAUCUUCCUCUAUAUAUAUAUGCUGUUGGAUAUCAGUUUUACCUACAGGAUACAAGCUUCCGUUCCUUAACUAGCAGCUCUACCAAUUUUCUGUGAGGUAUAUCAGAAACUUCCCUUAUUGUUCUUCUCUUUUUUUUUUAUUAGCAAUCAUUAUUGUUCUUUCCUUGCAUGCUUAUGAUGUUUAAUAGUUGUUUGAUAUCAUGCUACAUGUAUUCACUUCUUACCUUGAACUUAGAAUUAAGAUCUGCUAAAUGCGUAUACUAUACAAUUGAUUGUUCUAGCUCUUACAUGGCUGCAUUAUUUAACAAACAUUAGAGUUUUACACAUGGUUGGUAACAAACAUAAGAUACUCAUUGAUAUCUGCAUAAGUAGUACCAAUCAUUGGUUGGUUACUCAUGCUUCUCAAUAAGAAACAGUUUUGGUCUAGGGUGAUGCCCCGUUUCAUUACAUGAAUAACCAAAAUCAUGCUUUUACGUUAAAUAUUAUAAUUAAAUAUUGUUAUAUUUACUUGAUUGGCUAUAUUAUGCUGUCAUAUAUUAGGCCAAUUUAUAAGAAAACACCUUUUAUGUUAUACUUUUUGUUAAAACCACCUUCUACAAUGUAUUUAGUGAGUUUCUCUAAUUCUUAGAUAAGUUCAUGUUUGAAAGAUUGAUUUGGUUAUUUUAUGGUUUGAUUUUGCAUUUUGCUGCCAUUUUGCUGAUUUUGGAUUAUGUUUCUUCAUUUGGUAAGCUUAUUGUAUGUUUUUUUUCAUGCAGGUUGUUGCAUUUGUGACGUUUUACAACCAUCAAUCAGCUGUGUUGGCACUACAGGAUUUAGAUAUUUGCAAUAUGAAACAUGAACGUGUCUUCUUAGAUGAGCUGAGUCCUAUCACUAAGUCAUACAAGGUGAAAGUCAAGGUCAUUGAGAAGGGACGAGCUAAGCCAUCUCCUAAGAAAGGGAUCCUGUAUCAGCACCUGGUUUUGCAGGACGAUAAGAAAAACAAGAUGCGGGGUGCGCUAUUUGGAGAUCAGAUCGAGGCAUACAAGGAUGCAUUUGUGCACAAAGGAGAAUAUGAAAUAGCUGAUGCUCCCAUCAGGCAUGCAGACCCACAAUGGAAGAAAUCUGAAGAGGAACUUGACUUCCAGAUGACCUUUGGACGGCAGACAGUGAUCCAGCCUGUGAACGUUGAAGCAGGCCCUAUCCUGCCCGACUACCAAUCCAUUGCUUCUAUCCCAAGAGCUGGGGAUCCUGGUGACAGAUAUGAUAUUGUUGGGGUGGUUCUUUAUGUUGAGGACCAGCCAAGGUCUAUUACCACUGCCCAAGACCGCCAAGUAUUUGUUCGAGAAAUUGUUAUUACUGAUCACAGCUCUCAACAACCAUUAGUCAUCUCCGUCUGGAAUGAUCUUGCUGGAGCUGAUUGUGACCCACUCUCCUGUUGGGGCGAAAAGUUUGUUGUGGUUGGCUUCACUUCCUUAAGGGCCACAUCCCACAAAGGUGGUUUCUCGCUCGCAUCGAGCAUGUCUACUAUGUUCAUUCAUGAUCCUGAAGGGCACAGAGCCGAUGCACUGAAGGAAUGGUAA